CCUUUAAGCUGGGGAAGCGUACUGAGGCCCUACGAACUCCAUUACCCAUAAUACAAAGCGUCUUCCGUUUCCGCUCGGUGUCAUCAGCCGAGUGCAGCGUGGGCUUUACUCUUCAACAAAUCCUGCUGAAGUUACAGCGAAAAGAUCAGAAUGACGGAACGCAAAGGAACGGCGAAACUUGACUUCUUGAGGAAGAUCGAGGAGGAGGUUCAGCAGAAAUGGGAGCAGGAAAAGAUUUUUGAGAUUGAUGCUCCAACCUCCACUGAGGAAAAUACAGAUAAGAACAAGUACUUUGUUACGUUUCCUUAUCCGUACAUGAAUGGGAGGCUUCAUCUUGGACAUACGUUCUGCCUGUCGAAGUGUGAGUUUGCAAUGGGUUACCAGCGGCUGAAAGGAAAGCGUUGUCUUUUCCCAUUUGGACUUCACUGCACUGGGAUGCCCAUCAAAGCAUGUGCAGACAAGCUGAAGAGAGAAAUGGAGCUGUAUGGAAACCCGCCCCAAUUCCCCGAGGAAGACGAUGAGGAGGAAGAGCAGAAGAAGGUCACUGAUGAGGUCAUCAUCAAGGACAAGGCAAAGGGCAAGAAGAGCAAAGCUGUAGCAAAGUCUGGAAGCGCCAAGUUCCAGUGGGACAUCAUGAAGUCUCUGGGGCUGCGGGACGACGAAAUUGUGAAGUUUGCUGAAGCUGAACAUUGGCUGGAAUAUUUCCCUCCUCUUGCUGUAGAAGACCUGAAGAAAAUGGGUUUAAAGGCUGACUGGCGUCGUUCCUUCAUCACGACCAAUGUUAACCCUUUCUACGACUCUUUCGUGAGGUGGCAGUACAUCACUCUGAAAGAGAGAAAAAAGAUCAAGUUUGGGAAAAGAUAUACCAUUUACUCUCCCAAAGAUGGUCAGCCCUGCAUGGACCAUGACAGACAGACAGGAGAGGGAGUCGGUCCUCAAGAGUAUACCCUGAUUAAGAUGAAGAUUGUGGAACCUUACCCAGCAAAAUUGAGUGGCCUUAAAGGCAAGAAGAUUUUUCUGGUGGCUGCGACUCUGAGGCCCGAAACCAUGUUUGGUCAGACGAAUUGCUGGAUUCGGCCAGAUAUGAAGUACAUUAUAUUUGAGACGGCCAGCGGUGAGCUGUUCAUCAGCACGCAGCGGUCAGCCAGGAACAUGUCCUACCAGGGCUUCACCAAAGAGAACGGAGUGGUUCCUGUCAUCAUGAACAUCAUGGGCCAGGACAUCCUCGGCUGUGCAUUGAGCGUCCCCCUCACCUCAUACAAGACCAUUUAUGCCCUGCCAAUGCUCACCAUUAAAGAAGACAAAGGAACUGGAGUUGUCACCAGUGUCCCGUCAGAUGCGCCUGAUGAUAUCGCCGCUCUGAGGGACAUUAAAAAGAAACAGGCUUUGAGAGAGAAGUAUGGAAUUCAAGAUUAUAUGGUUCUACCAUUUGAGCCGGUGCCCAUCAUUGAGAUUCCAGGAUAUGGGAACCUGUCUGCUCCUCUGGUUUGUGAUGAACUGAAGAUCCAAAGCCAGAAUGACCGAGAGAAGCUGGCUGAGGCCAAAGAGAAGGUCUACCUCAAGGGCUUUUAUGAGGGGAUCAUGUUAGUGGAGGGUUUCAAGGGACAGAAGGUCCAGGAUGUUAAGAAGCCCAUUCAGAAGAUGAUGUUGGAGAAGGGUGAGGCGCUGGUCUACAUGGAGCCAGAGAAGCAGGUGUUAUCACGCUCUGCAGACGAGUGUGUUGUGGCGCUCUGUGAUCAAUGGUAUCUGGAUUAUGGCAAUGAGGAAUGGAAAAAGCAAGCCACAGGCGUCCUGGAGGCCCUUGAGACGUUCUGUGACGAAACCAGGAAGAACUUUGAAGCGACAUUGGCUUGGCUUCAGGAGCAUGCCUGUUCCAGAACCUAUGGGUUAGGAACCCGGUUGCCAUGGGAUGAACAGUGGCUUAUUGAGUCCCUGUCGGACUCCACCAUCUAUAUGGCUUACUACACCGUGGCACAUCUCCUCCAGGGAGGGGUCCUCAACGGACAAGGCCCCUCGCCACUGGGAAUCAGACCAGAGCAAAUGACGAGGGAGGUGUGGGAUUACGUCUUCUUCAAAACAGCUCCUUUCCCAAAGACAGACAUCCCAAAGGAAACGCUGCAGAAGCUCAGGAGGGAGUUUGAGUUCUGGUACCCUGUAGACGUGAGAGUAUCAGGGAAAGACCUGGUGCCAAACCACCUCUCCUAUUACCUCUACAAUCAUGUAGCCAUGUGGCCCAGUGACAGUGGCAAAUGGCCAAAAGCAGUACGUGCCAACGGUCAUCUUUUGCUGAACUCUGAAAAGAUGUCCAAAUCCACUGGCAACUUUCUCAAUUUGAGUCAAGCCAUUGCCAAGUUUUCAGCAGAUGGUAUGCGUUUGGCUCUGGCUGAUGCAGGGGACACGGUGGAGGAUGCUAACUUUGUCGAGGCCAUGGCAGAUGCCGGGAUAUUGCGUCUCUUUACCUGGGUGGAAUGGGUGAAAGAGAUGAUUGCCAAUCAGAACAACCUGAGGACCGGACCAGUGGACACGUUUAAUGACAGAGUGUUUAUUAGUGAAAUGGCUUCCAGCAUCAUUAAAACAGAGCAGCACUAUGAGAGGAUGAUGUACAAGGAGGCUUUGAAGAGCGGCUUCUUUGAGUUCCAGGCCGCCAAGGAUAAAUACAGGGAGCUGGCCAUCGAGGGCAUGCACAGGGAUCUUGUGUUCCAGUUUAUCGAGAACCAGACACUCCUGCUGGCUCCCAUCUGCCCCCACCUGUGUGAACACACCUGGUCCCUGCUAGGGAAGAGCAGUUCUAUAAUGAAGGCUCGCUGGCCUACAGCGGGUCCAGUGGAUGAGAUCUUGAUUCGCUCCUCACAGUAUCUGAUGGACACUGCUCAUGACCUCCGCCUUCGCCUGAAAGCUUACACACAGCCAGCCAAGGGCAAGAAGGGAGACAACAAACCUCCAGCUAAGCCCACACACUGCACCAUCUUCGUAGCAAAGACCUACCCACCCUGGCAGCACAGCGCCCUCUCUCUGCUGGGCAAACAUUACAAGAGCAACAAUGGAGCUCUACCUGACAAUAAGGUCAUCGCCAUGGAGCUGGGUGCCAUGCCAGAGCUGAAGAAAUACAUGAAGAGAGCGAUGCCCUUUGUAGCCAUGAUAAAGGACAGCCUAGAGAAGAAUGGGCCCCGGGUUCUUGAUCUAGAGCUGGAGUUUGAUGAGCGUGCUGUCCUUCUGGAGAACAUUGUUUAUUUGACUAAUUCACUUGAGUUGGAUCAGAUAGACGUUGCUUUCGCCUCUGAAGCGGAUGACAAAGUAAAGGAGGAGUGUUGCCCUGGGAAACCGCUCUGUGUCUUCAGAUCUGAGUCUGGAGUGUUAGUCUCACUGGUGAACCCUCAGCCAGCCAACGGUCUGUUCUCCACCAAGAUUGACAUCCGACAGGGAGACAGCAAAGACAGCAUCAUCCGCAGGCUAUCCCGCGUCAACAGAGGCCUCAAGGAUUUAUCCAAAGUGAAGCUGAUGCGUUUUGAGGACCCACUGCUCGGGCCUCGGAGAAUCCCAGUUUUGGGGAAGGAAGAGGAGGGUAAGCUCCCCAUCUCAAACAGUUCAGUUUUCCACAUCAACCUGCAAGAAAACAAAGUUCAUUUGAGUGAUAACGGCCUGAAAAUAGACAUCGGGGACACUUUAAUCUACCUGGUCCAGUGAUUUCAGAGACUCCGUUGUCACAAGGGUGUUUUGUUUUUUCUCAUUUGAGUAUCAUCUUGACAUAAUCUGAAAACAGUAUUGUUUGUAUUGACUGCUGAGGUGCUAGUUAAUUUAGCAUUAGCUGGCAUUCAGUCUCAGUGCAUCUAGUGAACUCCCCUCUCAACAUUUAGUACCUGUUUUGUUUAAGGGCCUGCAGUGUCUCUAUAACAUCAAUAAUGUAUUUAUAUCCAUUUUCUAGCUUUUUAAGUAGUAAAAGACCAAGAGAACUGUACACUCAAUUUAUACACAUUCAGGCCUAUGCAUUGGAAAUAUUCAUGCCAGACCUUGUGGACCCUACAUAUGACAUUUGAAGGUAUUAUUGUACUUUCAUAAUGUUUUAUACCUGUCUGUUGGUUUUCAUUGGAAAUGUUUGAAAUCCGUCCUCUGGUUUAAAUAGUUUGCAUAUGUCAGAUUGUGAAGUAACUGCCUGUAUAUCUUUUCACUGUAAAACCUCAAAAGGAAGCUUUGUUUUCUUCCUUAUUUCCCCCUUUAAAAUUAUAUGUAUUCAGUGAACAUUUAAUAAACUGAAUUGAAUUGAAA